AUGUCACAAUUUGACACAUAUCUUGAGAACUACGCAAACGAUCAAUUCAAGGAGGAUGGCACUCGCCAUGGUCGUGGUGCGAACCAGAACUCAAUCCCUGAGAUUAGACGAGAAAAUUUUGACGACUUCUUAAGCGGGUCGGCUGAUAUCAAGCGUCAAUUAUCACAAUCAUUUAGUGGUAGUGGUGGUGGUGGCAGUGGGGGUAAUAAUGGUACCGUCGGCGGUAGUAGUGGGGGUGGAUUAGGUACUAACACCGUACAUCAUGGUGGUAUCAGCAAACCUCACUCAAGACGUAAUUCAGCUUAUAUCAAAUCUCAAGAGGGGAGCGAUGCUGAGGAUAACAAUGAAAAUAAUGACAAUGAAAACGGCCAAGGAAAUGAAAGGAAACGAAGAGAUAAUAUUAAUGAUAAAAUACAAGAGUUGUUGACUUUGAUUCCGAGUGAAUUUUUCGAGAUUAAAGAGGAGCUGAAGCUGAAGACAGAAAGCAGUCCCUCGGAUAGAUCACCCAAUGAUGACGAUGUGAACAAUACUGCAGGUAAGACCGGAACAAAAGACGGAAAACCAAAUAAGGGACAAAUUUUAACCAAAGCAGUGGAAUACCUCCAAUCUUUACAGAAUUUGAUUGACGAAAAUAAUCGAAAAGAAGUUGAAUUGAUCAUGAAAUUGGAGACGCUUAAAUUGAAGAAAAAGAAUAAUGGGGUUGUGAAUGAAAGUAUACCUAUAAGAAUUGGUUACACGAGUGCCGAAAAAGCCCUUGGAGAAAUUGGUGUUGGGCCAUGUUCAGAGGACUACUUUAAAGAUGUUUUAGUGAAGAGUGCAAAUGCGAGCAAGUCGUCAAGAAAGAAUUACAAUGGGUAG